GUCACUCAUGCCAAGCCUUGGGGAGCAGAAACGUCGGGGCUAAUGAACCAUGUAGAGACAGGCCAUGGGGAUUAAAUUUUGCACCAGAGGCAAUCUAAUUUUAAUUGAGAUCGAAGAUGUUGAAGUGACAUAUGAAUGGCAGCAGGCACAGGAGCUGAAGGAGAAGAAAAGGAAGAAGAAGGAGAAAGAGAAGGCAGCUCUAAGAGAGGAAACAGAAGCAGCCGUACAGAUCCAGGCCUGGUGGCGCGGCACCCUGGUGCGCCGGACCCUGCUGCACGCGGCCCUCAGGGCUUGGGUCAUCCAGUGCUGGUGGCGGGCGGGGGUGAUGAGGCUACUACAGAAGAAGCGGCGGGCAGCGCUGAUUGCCUACGUGGACAGAGAGGGGGCCGUGGUCAAGCUCCAGUCCCUGGUCCGAAUGUGGCGUGUGUACUGGCGGUACUGCCAGGUGCUCAGUGCCAUCUAUGUCAUCCGGUGCCACUGGCUCUGCCACAACUGCCAGACCUGCGCUUUCCUCCGGGGCCACUGUGUGGUCACGGCCACCCACCUGCAGUUCCACAUUGAGAUCAUCAAUUCCUAAGGGGCGCUGUGUCCUCCAUCCUCAGUAAAGGUCUAUCCUGGUCUGCAGCGUCUCUUGGUGUCCACAAGC